GUUACCAGGCAGCGGGCUAGACUGAGGCUAGUUACCACGUCAGUGAGCUGACAGGGAAGGUAGCCGGCUCCGCUGCCCGUCCCGGCCGACUCAUCCUGGCGGAGCGUGCAUUCCCACCCUGAUUUUGGCCUCAAUUUCCAGGAAACGAGCUCCUUCUCUUCUCCCAUCUGCUACCAGAGCCUGGAGAGCUGCUCGGAGACGCCUCCGGGGUGCGGGCUGGACAUGAGCAGCGGCUGCCGGUCCUGGGACUAGGCCCCGCCAUUUUGGAUCCGCUGACAGGUUUGCCAGGAUGGUGGAUAAGAAUAUUUACAUCAUUCAAGGGGAGAUUAACAUUGUGGUUGGGGCCAUCAAACGAAAUGCCCGAUGGAGCACCCAUACACCACUGGAUGAAGAACGGGAUCCUCUGCUGCAUAGUUUUGGUCAUCUAAAGGAGGUUUUGAACAACAUAACAGAACUGUCUGAGAUUGAGCCCAAUGUAUUCCUUCGGCCUUUUCUGGAAGUGAUUCGCUCUGAAGACACCACUGGCCCUAUCACUGGACUGGCGCUUACCUCUGUCAACAAGUUCCUGUCCUAUGCACUUAUAGAUCCCACCCAUGAGGGCACAGCAGAAGGCAUGGAGAACAUGGCAGAUGCUGUCACCCAUGCUCGUUUUGUGGGCACGGAUCCUGCCAGCGAUGAAGUUGUCCUGAUGAAAAUCCUUCAGGUUCUACGGACUCUGCUGCUAACCCCAGUGGGUGCCCACCUAACCAAUGAAUCUGUGUGUGAGAUUAUGCAGUCCUGCUUCCGGAUCUGCUUUGAAAUGAGGCUCAGUGAGUUAUUGAGAAAAUCCGCAGAGCACACUCUCGUAGACAUGGUGCAGCUGCUCUUCACAAGGUGUAGCAGCUGGGAAAGGGAACCCAGAGAGGAAGCCAAAUCAAGGGAGCCUGAUUUCUGUGGGAGAGGGCCAAGCUGUGUGGUGCAUGCACCUGACCUUUCCCUCUCCCCUGCCAUCCAUCCCCAUUCCUGCCCUGUGCCCUGUUGGUGCGUGUCUGAGUUUAUUUCACUUUGUUUAAAUCGUGCGUUUGCCUGUCUUUCGCAGAUAUCUCCAUGUCUCCUCAGCAAACUGGAGCUAAGUAGUGGGGAGCAGACCAAAGCCCUGAACCAGUUAGAGAGGGUACUACUCUUUAAGAACCUCAAGCUGAAAAUGAGAGCAGGAGGCAUGAGUGAUUCAUCCAAGUGGAAGAAACAGAAGAGAUCCCCUCGGCCCCCACGCCAUAUGACCAAAGUUACACCAGGUUCAGAGCUGCCCACUUCCAAUGGAACCACCUUAUCAUCUAACCUCACUGGUGGCAUGCCCUUCAUUGAUGUGCCCACUCCCAUCUCCUCUGCAAGUUCAGAAGCUGCCUCAGCAGUGGUCAGUCCUUCUACAGACAGUGGCCUGGAAUUCUCCUCCCAAACCACCUCCAAGGAAGACCUUACCGAUCUAGAGCAACCUGGCUCUCCAGUGUGCAGCACAGCUACAGAGCCUGGGAGCAGUGAGCUAGGUGUUCCUGAGCAGCCUGACCCCCAGCAGGAAGGGACCCAUGUGGAAAAGUCCCAGUCAGCAUCUGUGGAGUCCAUCCCUGAAGUGUUAGAGGAAUGCACGUCCCCUGCCGACCACUCUGACUCUGCCUCUGUCCAUGACAUGGAUUACGUCAAUCCCCGGGGUGUGCGCUUUACACAGUCCUCCCAGAAAGAAGGCACAGCUUUGGUCCCCUAUGGUCUUCCCUGCAUCCGUGAGCUCUUCCGGUUCCUCAUCUCCCUCACCAAUCCACACGACCGCCAUAACUCAGAGGUUAUGAUUCACAUGGGACUGCAUUUGCUGACAGUGGCCCUUGAGUCAGCCCCUGUAGCCCAGUGCCAGACCCUCUUGGGCCUCAUCAAGGAUGAGAUGUGCCGCCACUUAUUCCAGCUACUAAGCAUAGAGCGACUGAACCUUUAUGCUGCUUCCCUGCGAGUAUGCUUCCUACUGUUUGAGAGCAUGCGAGAGCACCUCAAGUUCCAAAUGGAGAUGUACAUCAAAAAGCUUAUGGAGAUUAUCACUGUGGAGAACCCUAAAAUGCCUUACGAGAUGAAGGAGAUGGCACUAGAGGCCAUUGUGCAGCUCUGGCGCAUCCCCAGCUUUGUUACAGAGCUCUACAUCAACUACGAUUGUGACUACUACUGUUCCAACCUCUUUGAGGACCUCACCAAGCUGCUGUCCAAGAAUGCCUUCCCUGUGUCUGGUCAACUCUAUACAACACACCUACUAUCUCUUGAUGCCCUGUUGACAGUGAUUGACAGCACUGAGGCCCACUGCCAGGCCAAAGUCCUCAACAGCCUCUCACAGCAGGAGAAGAAGGAAACAGCCAGACCAAACUGUGAGGCAGUAGAAGACACCCGAGAAGCUAGCAAUACUGAGAGAGCAGCCAGCGAUGGGAAAGCUGUAGGCAUAGCCCCAGACAUCCCAGGCCUGCAUCUGCCAGGUGGAGGGCGGCUGCCACCAGAACAUGGGAAACCAGGAUGCAGUGAUCUGGAGGAAGCUGGUGACUCUGGGGUUGACAAAAAGUUUGCCCGGAAGCCACCUCGAUUUUCCUGUUUCCUGCCAGAUCCACGGGAACUAAUUGAAAUUAAAAACAAAAAGAAGCUGCUAAUCACUGGCACAGAGCAGUUCAAUCAGAAACCAAAGAAGGGGAUUCAGUUUCUGCAAGAGAAAGGCCUUCUCACCAUUCCAAUGGACAACACAGAGAUUGCUCAGUGGCUCCGAGAGAACCCUCGGCUGGACAAGAAAAUGAUUGGAGAGUUUGUGAGUGACCGCAAAAAUAUUGACCUGUUGGAGAGCUUUGUGAGCACCUUUAGUUUUCAGGGUCUGAGACUAGAUGAAGCUCUCCGCCUCUACCUGGAAGCCUUCCGUUUGCCUGGCGAAGCACCAGUCAUCCAGAGGUUGCUGGAGGCGUUCACAGAGCGUUGGAUGAAUUGUAAUGGCUCCCCAUUUGCCAAUAGCGAUGCCUGCUUUUCCCUGGCUUAUGCUGUCAUCAUGCUUAAUACUGACCAGCACAACCACAAUGUUCGUAAACAGAAUGCACCCAUGACCCUGGAGGAGUUUCGCAAAAAUCUAAAAGGUGUGAAUGGAGGCAAGGACUUUGAGCAGGACAUCCUGGAGGACAUGUACCAUGCCAUCAAGAAUGAGGAGAUUGUAAUGCCUGAGGAGCAGACAGGCUUGGUUCGGGAGAACUAUGUUUGGAAUGUGCUGCUUCACCGAGGUGCCACCCCCGAGGGCAUAUUCCUGCGUGUGCCUACUGCCAGCUAUGAUCUUGACCUCUUCACCAUGACCUGGGGUCCCACUAUUGCUGCUCUCUCUUAUGUCUUUGACAAAAGCCUUGAAGAGACAAUCAUCCAGAAAGCUAUCUCAGGCUUCAGGAAAUGCGCCAUGAUCUCCGCCCACUAUGGCCUCAGCGAUGUGUUUGACAAUCUCAUCAUCUCUCUAUGCAAAUUCACAGCUCUCAGCAGUGAGUCUGUUGAGAACCUACCCAGUGUAUUUGGAAGCAACCCUAAAGCCCAUAUUGCAGCCAAGACAGUGUUCCAUUUGGCCCAUCGUCAUGGUGACAUCCUGCGGGAGGGCUGGAAAAAUAUCAUGGAGGCCAUGCUGCAGCUCUUCCGAGCCCAACUACUGCCCAAGGCUAUGGUAGAGGUAGAAGAUUUUGUGGAUCCCAAUGGCAAGAUCUCUCUACAGCGGGAAGAGACACCAUCAAAUCGAGGAGAGUCAACAGUGCUGAGCUUUGUGAGCUGGCUAACAUUGAGUGGUCCUGAGCAGUCUAGCGUGCGGGGCCCAUCCACUGAAAACCAAGAGGCCAAGAGAGUGGCCUUAGAGUGUAUAAAGCAAUGUGACCCAGAAAAAAUGAUCACAGAAAGCAAGUUCCUCCAGCUGGAGUCAUUACAGGAGCUCAUGAAGGCUCUGGUCUCAGUGACGCCAGAUGAAGAGACAUAUGAUGAGGAAGAUGCUGCUUUCUGCCUAGAGAUGCUGCUAAGGAUUGUGUUGGAGAACAGGGACCGUGUGGGCUGUGUGUGGCAGACCGUUCGAGACCAUCUAUACCACCUCUGUGUUCAGGCACAAGAUUUCUGCUUCCUUGUGGAGCGGGCAGUGGUGGGGUUGCUACGCCUGGCCAUUCGGCUGCUCCGGAGAGAAGAGAUCAGUGGUCAGGUGCUGCUUUCCCUGCGCAUUUUGCUACUGAUGAAGCCCAGUGUGCUAUCCCGAGUCAGCCACCAGGUUGCAUAUGGGCUCCAUGAACUCCUGAAGACCAACGCAGCCAAUAUCCACUCAGGUGAUGACUGGGCCACCCUCUUCACACUGCUGGAGUGUAUCGGCUCAGGUGUGAAGCCUCCUGCUGCUCUGCAGGCCACAGCCAGGGGAGAUGCACCUGAUGCUGGGGCCCAGUCAGACAGUGAGCUCCCAUCCUACCAUCAAAAUGAUGUGAGCCUGGAUCGUGGGUACACUUCUGACUCAGAGGUCUACACUGAUCAUGGCAGGCCUGGCAAGAUACACCGAUCAGCCACUGAUGCUGAUGUGGUCAACAGUGGUUGGUUAAUGGUCGGGAAGGAUGACAUUGAUAACUCCAAGCCAGGGCCCAGCCGUCCAGGCCCUUCACCCCUGAUCAAUCAAUACAGCCUAACAGUGGGACUGGACUUGGGGCCACAUGACACUAAGUCUCUGCUUAAAUGUGUGGAAUCACUGUCCUUCAUCGUGCGUGAUGCUGCCCACAUCACACCUGACAACUUUGAGCUCUGUGUCAAGACUCUCCGGAUCUUUGUGGAGGCCAGUCUGAAUGGCGGAUGCAAGUCCCAGGAGAAACGUAGCAAGAGUCACAAAUAUGACAGCAAAGGGAACCGCUUCAAGAAGAAAUCCAAAGAGGGCUCUGUGCUUCGCCGGCCUCGAACUUCCAGCCAACAUGCCUCUCGGGGCGGGCAGAGUGAUGAUGAUGAAGACGAAGGCGUGCCUGCCAGCUACCAUACGGUGUCUUUACAGUUGCUAGAUCUGAUGCACACCCUGCACACGCGGGCAGCCUCUAUCUACAGCUCAUGGGCAGAGGAGCAACGCCACCUGGAGACAGGUGGCCAGAAGAUCGAAGCUGAUUCUCGCACCCUCUGGGCCCACUGCUGGUGCCCUUUACUGCAGGGUAUUGCCUGCUUGUGCUGCGAUGCCCGGCGCCAGGUUCGGAUGCAGGCACUGACCUAUCUGCAGCGAGCACUGCUUGUACAUGAUCUACAAAAGCUGGAUGCCCUGGAAUGGGAGUCCUGUUUUAACAAGGUGCUGUUUCCUCUACUUACCAAGCUCUUGGAGAACAUCAGCCCUGCAGAUGUGGGCGGGAUGGAGGAGACCCGGAUGAGGGCUUCCACACUGCUCUCUAAGGUCUUCCUGCAGCACCUGUCUCCACUGUUGUCGCUGUCUACCUUUGCGGCCCUCUGGCUCACCAUCUUGGACUUCAUGGACAAGUACAUGCACGCAGGCUCCAGCGACUUACUGUCAGAGGCGAUCCCUGAGUCUCUGAAGAACAUGCUUCUGGUGAUGGACACAGCGGAGAUUUUCCACAGUGCAGAUGCGCGAGGAGGUGGCCACUCAGCCCUCUGGGAGAUCACCUGGGAGCGCAUUGACUGUUUUCUGCCUCACCUACGAGAUGAACUUUUCAAGCAGACUGUCAUCCAGGGUAGGGGGCUCAGCCCAGCUUUAUCAAAAAGAAUCCCCUGGCUGAGUGCAAUGGCUCACACCUGUAAUCCCAGCAUUUGGGAGGCCAAGGUGGGUGGAUCACUGGAGGGCAGGAGCUCAGUUGUCUUAUGCCGACAAGGGAAUCUGACUGUGUCACAUUGCUUUUCUACAGACUUUGAGAAGCCUGAGGGCCCCCGAGCCGCCAACUGCAGCUCCCCAGGAUCACCUGUGGCCUCAAGCCCCAGCAGGCUGAGCCCCACCCCUGAUGGGCCUCCAGCCCUGGCUCAGCCCCCUCUGAUCCUGCAGCCCUUGGCCUCCCCAUUGCAGGUGGGCGUGCCACCCAUGACUCUGCCCAUCAUCCUCAACCCUGCGCUCAUCGAGGCCACCUCACCAGUGCCCCUCCUGGCCACACCCCGCCCCACAGAUCCUAUACCCACCUCUGAGGUCAACUAAGGCAGGUCACUCAGAGAUCAGGACCAGUGCUUCCCACCAGGCUUUCCUUGGACCCUGUGGGCCACAGGCUCUUCAGGUCAAGUCAGAGCUGCUGUCGCUGCCACUUGGAUGGGGACCUGAAAAAGAGAACUUUGAUAGCCCCAGCUAAGACCCCCCAAUCAGCUGUGGGACCUUUUUCCUCCUCUGUGCUCCAUUCCUGGAGGUUCAGCCUGAGAGUGCACUUAGCUGUCAUCUGCAGCCUCUGCCUCCAGCCCAGCAGCUCUGGUGAGGCAUUCAUGUGCUGGCCCUGCAGUGCCUGCCCACCGUCAGGAAUUGAGAACCAAGCCCAACCACUCUGCACUUUGUUCCCACUCCCGUUAGCCCUGGGCCACCUCCUCCAGUUCUUCCUCUUUUACCAAGUAGUUGGUCAGUUUGGAGAGUUGACUGGUACCAUGGAGGGUAGACAGGUGGGAGACUGCCCACAGGAGCAUGUACAUAUGGAAAAACAGGACAACAAUGGACUUUUUAUGAUAAUAAAUGUCUUAGUACCAGCAUCA